AGACGACGGAAAGAACCUGUCUCGGGGAGGUUUUCAUUCCAGUGAUCAGAAGGAGCUCGACGACGAGGAACAAAGCCGUAUCGCGGACGAAGCGAUGCAAGGCACUCCAUAAUAUUCAGAAGGCUGCGAGCAGACCACAGAUGACACGCGGUCCUCGAUUAGCCAGAUGAACGAUUGGAGGCAGUGCACCAAUCUUGGUGUAACACAUGUGCGUCGAUAUAGCGAGACUAAAGAAACGCCACUUCUUGGUGCUGGGAAUCAAUGUUUCCGCAGAGCCGUCGACCUCAUACCCGAAGGCCACCCCGACCAGGCGGAUGUCGCAUUCCUCCUUGGUGAUGGAUAUGUGAAGAGGUGGAUGUUAACUGAGUUAUGUGUCGACCUUCAAUCUUCUCUCCACUGGUAUUCCCAGGCUUUGGCAAGAACGCCGAAGGACCAUAGUGAAUACAGCCAGAGGUGUGCAACAGUCGGGUCUAGUUAUGCCCACUUGUUCCUCACAUCUAGAGAAACCAGCGAUCUCGAUAUGGCAAUCGAUCACUACCUUGGGGCCACUGGCGCAACCCCCCGACACCAUCCGGAGUGGGUUCAACUACAUACGUCUCUUGGACAGCUCUACUUUGAGAAGUUCGAACUCACACAAUUGCGAGCUGAUUCAGAGCUCGCGAUUGGUUCCCUUCAGAGAGCCAUUGAGGCAUCGGCGAGAAACGAUCAGGAGCUAUACGAAAGAUUCAGUGUGCUAGCACAAUUGUACAGCAAAAGGCAUGAGCUUGCAGGUGAUCCAGAGGACAACGAAAUCGCCAUAUCAUUGUUUGAGCAUAUGCUCAUGUCAAUACCGAACACUCCGGAAGCAAAACUCAACCUUCUGUACAGUGUUGGAAGUGAGUACCUUGCCCGAUACGAACGCACUGCAAAUGAAUCCGACCUUGAGAAAGCCCUGAAACACCUGCAAAGGGCUUUGGAUCUUCCCGACGAGAUCGCCUCAAGCCAGCCUGGCCUGUUUUUAAGCCUUGGGCGAGUAUACAUCGCCAAGUUUGACAGAUACGGAACAUCCGAAGCCUGUGAAAGAGCGAUCCAGCAUAUUCACAAGGCAUUAGACAUUACGUCAAACGACUUUUGCCAAAGAGUGAACCAACUCUCUUUAGUGGGAAGCAUCUACAUUACUCGAGCUGAGCGAACAGGACAAACCGAUGACUUUGGCCAUGCAAUACGCUACUACAAACAAGCGCUAGCGAACACGCCCGAGAAUGACAUUGACAGACCAGGCCGGCUGCUGGCGUUGGGUCUUGCCUUUUGCAGUCGAUAUGAGCAUGCAGAUACAUUGGAUGAUCUGAACAGUGGUGUCAGAUACUUCCACAAGGCCCUUGACCUCGUCCCAGCCGGCCGUCAAGACAACAAAGCAACCCUCCUCGGUUCGCUGGGACAAGGUUACAGGGCAAGAUCUGUUCAGCGAGUGUCGCAAGCAGAUUGGCAGCUGUCCGUCAAGUACUACUGCGAGGCCUUGAUACAACACUCAUCACCGUUCCGAGAUCGGCUACCAUCCGCACGAGUCCUGCUUUCGAUUUUCGCCGAAGCCAAGGAUUGGGAACUCCAGCUUUUCAAGUCGACCACCGGAAUCCCUACAGACUGUGCUGCUGUCUCUCUAUCCGCUGGGAUGCCAUAUUUCACGGCUUUGGAGUUUCUUGAGCAAGGUCGAGGGGUUGUGGCUGGAUUCGCCAGUGAGUCUCAUGUGGAUGUGUCAGAUCUCGAGAAGGCGCAUCCGCACGAGUACGCAAGAUUUAUGGGCCUCCAGAAGUACAUGAACUCUAAUCGGAGCUCUGACUAUACUGUACGCAUGCUGGCUCCAUCGACCGACGUGAAGCAACUCAAUCUCGACCGCUACGAUGCGUGCCAGCAGUACGACAGAUUGAUUCACCAUAUCCGAGGUUUUCCUGGGUUUGAGCGCUUCCUUCUCGCGCCCGCUGAGAAAGACCUCAAGGCUGCGGCACGCUCUGGCCCAAUUGUCAUUGUCAACAUCAGCCAAUAUCGCUGUGAUGCGAUCAUAGUUCAGACCGACAACAUAAGCCUUGUCGAACUACCAGACCUGCGCGCAGAAGACGUCGAGGCCCACGCGAAAUCUCUGGAAAGCCCCGACUGCAUCAGCAGCGACUUGUGCGAGUGGCUAUGGGAUUCUCUGGCCGAGCGAGUGCUGGCUGCGCUAGGCCUCACAAAGACGCCAGAACACAGCUGGAGCCGGGUCUGGUGGAUUGGCACGGGCCACUUGGCCAAACUGCCAAUACACGCAGCAGGAUAUCAUCGCGAUGGCUCGGAACGCACAGUGAUGGACCGUGUCAUUUCUUCCUACGGCUCGUCAAUCCGCGCAUUGAUGAAGAGUCGACAGGCUCGAGCGCCGCGGGACUCACCAGAAGCCAGUCCUCGAGAGGCUGUCCUGGUCGAAAUGAGCCGUACCCCAGGGCAUCAUGACCUCCAGUUCGCGCAGGAAGAAGUCAAAGAGAUUGGGAAGCUGUGCCUCAACAAUGGAUUACACAUCAAAGAACCAGCGUCUCGAGGAAAAGAGCUCAUGGACUCCUUGGAGCACUGCGAGAUCUUUCACUUCGCUGGACAUGGCCAGACGGAUUCCAUAGACCCGUCACGGAGCGGUCUGGUCCUCUCUGACGGAAUCCUUUCAAUUGGUGCCCUCGUUGAGCGCUUCAAAAGCCGUCGCACGCCGUUCUUGGCUUUCUUGUCUGCCUGUGGAACUGGCCAGACAAAGGGCGAACUGGUGCCAGACGAGUCUCUUCACCUCAUCACUGCGUUCCAGGUGAUUGGAUUCCGACAUGUUCUGGGAACUCUCUGGCAAGUGAAUGAUGGUGCUUGCAUAGACGUUGCAACCAGCAUUUAUCAAUGGAUGUUUGCACACGGAACGUCGGACGAGUCGAUUGCAGGAGGCCUGCAUCACGCCAUCCGGCGGCUCCGCGGUAAAUGGCUACUCGAGAAUGACAUGAGAUCAGCUCGGAUCCGCUUUGCAAAACAACAGAUCCAGCAAACGACAACACCGCGCCACGAAAUGGAUGGGUCGACCAACAGACAUGUGCGCAUUCCAACAGUGAUUGAUGACGAUGAUGAGGAAACCAACCUACUCUGGGCUCCAUGGGUUCAUUACGGUUGCUAAUGGUAACACACUCUUAAACAUAUUGGACAGACGAAGGUAUAGCUCAAGCAGGAGGCCGGAUGAUGUAGAAGUGGGUGCGGUAGUCUUCACCAGUAGCAGCUCUCAGUUUGUUUUUAGUCUAGAUCGACAAGGUCAUUGCCCAUCACGAAUCGCAGUACAGGAUCUUUGCUCUCCG